AGAGGCACAGGGACUCGGAGAGGUAGGGGGGUUCCUGCGGUCAAGUGGGAAUGUUAGGCCAGAGCAGGGACUCAGAUCAAGCUCGUGGCCUCCAUGUCUAGGGGACACAGCCCUAUACUCACCACCCUCCAUUCUCUGGAAACACAGGAUCCACCUAGGAAAUCAUCAUUUUCACAGCCCCAAACCCAAAUCAGGCUAAUGUCGGCAUUUGCCACCAGCCCUGGUCCUGAAAAUCUGGCACCUGUUGGGUAGUAUUUACCUGAGGCAACUUUGUGGGAAGCAGACACCGGAAGAAGCUAACCUUCAAAUUAUAUAAUCCAAACACGUCAGCGUGUUUUGGAUGUUGGAAAACACUGGAAUAGAUGCAAGGAUGGCUCAGUACCAACUCCAGAGAGCUUUGGAUGGGCAAAGACCAAAGGUUUAUUGCACAGAGCAGCAGUAGCAGAGAGAAAUCCUCAGUAAAGUUUACUCAGAAACUCUGUCCAGGGAUAAGUACCUGAAUGCCAUUAGCCAGAGGACAGUCACAUGGAGAAGGAGCAAGAAUUUGCUGUGUAACUGGGUAUGUCCAGAGUCUCCUGGACAUCAUGGAGUUCCUGGACAAGGACCCUGAGGACCAUCGGACCUUGAGCCAGUUCACCGACGCCCUGGUCACCAUCCGGAACCGCCACAAUGACGUGGUGCCCACCAUGGCGCAGGGCGUGCUGGAGUACAAGGACGCCUACGGCGACGACCCCGUCUCCAACCAGAACAUCCAGUACUUCCUGGACCGCUUCUACCUCAGCCGCAUCUCCAUCCGCAUGCUGAUCAACCAGCACACCUUGAUCUUUGACGGCAGCACCAACCCAGCCCACCCCAAACACAUCGGCAGCAUCGACCCCAACUGCAGCGUCUCUGAGGUGGUGAAAGAUGCCUACGACAUGGCCAAGCUCCUGUGUGACAAGUAUUACAUGGCCUCACCUGACCUGGAGAUCCAGGAGAUCAAUGCAUCCAACUCCAAACAGCCAAUUCACAUGGUCUAUGUCCCCUCCCACCUCUACCACAUGCUUUUUGAACUCUUCAAGAAUGCCAUGCGAGCGACUGUGGAAAGCCAUGAAUCCAGCCUCACUCUCCCACCUCUCAAGGUCAUGGUGGCCUUGGGCGAGGAAGAUCUUUCCAUCAAAAUGAGUGACCGAGGUGGGGGUGUUCCCUUGAGGAAGAUUGAGCGCCUCUUCAGCUACAUGUACUCCACAGCCCCCACGCCUCAGCCUGGCACCGGGGGAACCCCACUGGCUGGCUUCGGGUAUGGGCUCCCUAUUUCCCGCCUGUAUGCCAAGUACUUCCAGGGGGACCUGCAGCUCUUCUCCAUGGAGGGCUUUGGGACCGACGCUGUCAUCUAUCUCAAGGCCCUGUCCACGGACUCGGUGGAACGCCUGCCCGUCUACAACAAGUCAGCCUGGCGCCACUACCAGACCAUCCAGGAGGCCGGCGAUUGGUGUGUGCCCAGCACAGAGCCCAAGAACACGUCCACGUACCGUGUCAGCUAGAGGCCGCCCCACUCAUCUGCGCCCAGGAGGAUGGACUGCUGUCUCUGCAUCCGGCCACCAUGGUGACCCUCCCUGUCCCCACCCCAGGUUGGGGGAGGCUCUCCCUGAUGACCAGCUUCUUGUCUCUGUGGAAAUCACUGCGGUGACCGGUCUGUGGUGGCCCCUAAGUGCCAAUCUCUGUCCCUGUGGAGACUCCUAGGGGAUCUCCCUGGGUCCAGUCUCUGUGGGCAAUGCCUGAGGAUUGGGGGAUGCCUCCACCCUGAUAGGGUGUCCCAGAGAUACAUUUCCAUGGCAUUCUUUCUCUCUGAGCCCAGAGCUGCCACUUCUCUGCUGGGGGUCCUAGGUCCCCCUCACUGCCUUCCACAGCCCUGGCCUUCCAAGUGGACACCCCUGCUUGCCUUAUUCCCUUGGCCCGUGCCGGUACCCUGGCCCUGGUCUGGUGUCAGUGUUAGGAAGGGGCCAGGUACCCGCCACAUCUGGCAUAGUGGGAGGGGACCCUUGGUUGGGGACCUGGUCCUACAGUCUCUUCCUCCACUGAGUUUAAGGUCAAAGUUAGGGGGGAGGGGUUUCUCACCUGGGGCUCACCCCUAAAGCCGAGGAGCCUGGGAGGACCCAGAGCUUGGCCGUCCAGCCAAGCUGCUUGAAGCCUGCAGGUGGGCCCAGCGAUGUUUCUGCCGCCACCCGAGCCCUUCCCCUGCAUGUCCUCACAUGCGUCCACCUGCCUGCCACACACGGUCCCCCACCGAGCUCCAGACCCCAGUUCCCACUGUGCCCGCGUGUGCUUGGGGUGGCUUUCUCCCUAGAACGUUGUGUGUACAUAGCUAGUUUUAUAGCCCUUUCCCUUAGCACACAGGGGGUUAAAGUUGUGUGCUCCUCCCAGUGGCUGUGAUGGUGACAGUGACAUCCACAGUAAAGAGGAGAUCAAAUGAGA